AUGAGCGUUUGCUCAGAUAGAGUAAACAUUCCCGAGUCAAAUGGUAGCAGCAACGAGAUGUGCAUCUGUAAUUGGACUACUCUUAGACUCAAGGCGGACAAACUGCGCACCCAACAGGAGCUUGAGCGACUUCAAGCCAAGUACAUCGGUACCGGUCACCCAGACACGACAUCGUGGGAAUGGCGAACUAACGUUGCGCGCGACACGUACUCGAGCCUUGUCGGUCACCCUUCGCAAUUAGCUUACAUCUCGCUCGCGCAAAACGAACCCGCCGCUAAAGUUCGAGCCCAGCUUCUACGAAAGAUGAUACAGCCGUGUGGUCCGCCUCCUCCCCGUGAAGGCGAAGAGCCCAUACGCGGGCAUAAUUAA